AUUUCCUUACAGGAAAACAUAUGGCAAGCACUCGUGAUAAAUAUUAUCAUUCACCAAGUCCGGGUUUUUAGUGAACAUGUUUAAUGUGAUUUAUUAUUUUAAAUAAUAACAUAUUUUUAAUAAAAAAAUAUUUGUCAAAAUGUCGAGUGCGUGCUAUUGCUUUUUGUGGAUAGUUCUUUUUCUGGUGUUUGGCGCACCAUCCGGACUGCCUAUUCCUGGCGGAAAUGGCACGUGUAUGGCUAAUCUCAGAACUUUGGAAAUGACGAAACAUUGCUCUAAGGAGGAACACGUCGAAAGCGCCGUUGCCAUUACACUAUCCAAACACCAGUUCAAGGUGAUUUCCGCGUGUCUUAAUUGCUCCUUUACCAUGGUGACGCGAGCAGACCACGUGCUUGUGGCGACACUCUACAGUUUGGGCACCGAGACUGGCUCUGAUGGGAAAUGUGAUAAAAACCGGCUAGAUGUUUACAAUGGACGCAAGGUGAACGACUCGAGAAUCCUUUCUGGUAAAACCGGAAUCUGUGGGUGCAAAUUUCCCGCCAAGAGUGAAUUCCAGUCUACAGAAAAUGCACUGACAGUCCGACUGUUCACUCCGUGCAACAAUAGAUCAACACACGGAGAACUCGUGCUGGUUGUAUCGUCAAUCCCUAAUGAACUCUACAAUCGUACAGAGUGUCCAGGACAGUUUAAGUGUCUCAGUGGCGAGUGUAUUGACAAGAAUCUCGUCUGCGACGGUACUCCCGCUUGCAAGGACAAAUCAGACGAGACUAACUGUACCGGCGCGCGCAACCACACGUGCGCUGGAAAAUUUGAAUGCGGAAACGGGAAAUGCAUCGACAAAAAUCUCGUUUGCAACGGGAAGAAUGACUGCACGGAUAAGUCGGACGAGAAAGGAUGCCAUGGAAACAAGCAUACGCUGAUGUUUGUACUAAUAGGCAUUGCUGGUUUGGCUGUUAUCGUGUUGGUCAUCAUCCUCAUCGUGCUCUGCUGUCGAUAUUGUUGCCAUGGAUAUGCAUCAGCGUAUAGAAGGCUUGCGUGAAACAAUUGUUGCAAUGACUUAGACUCAUAAUAGUUAUUUUAAGCGUUUUGAUUAUAUAUAUAUUAUGGAAAUGCAGAAAUCAUAACCAUUGAAAUAGGAUGCAGGGAAGCUAUACCAGUAGAACAUCUUGGACACAUAAUUCUUUUUUCCACACUGAGUUCCUGAUACGUUGCGAUAUCGGAUAAAACAUCAGAUCAGUGUCAGUUCCUUGUCGUUUAAAAAAAAAUAAAAAAAUAAACCGUU